AUGGAUGAGUGUAUAUAUGAAAUUAUCAAACCUAUGGAAGCCUUAUCUCUUGAAGAAUUAGUACGCAUUUGUCCCACGAAGUGUUAUGAUUAUUCCAAAAUAAUCUUUUCACUGACAAAGAAAUGGAUAGACGUUAACAAUGAUGUCAUGAUGUUCUUCGUAUCGAUCUCAUAUUCAGACAGACGCCAGGUCAUGUGUCAGUGGAUCAGAAAAACUACAUUUUCGAUGUUUGUCGCAUGGAUGAACCGACUUAGUGUAUUCCAAAUUAAAGUACAUAACAAAUAUACCGGAGAAGACUUCAAUGAAGAUUUAAGAACAGUUUUAAGAAGAGAAGUUUAUGAUCUCUUUGAAGGAGACGAAUAUAACACUUUAACGACAAGUUGGUAA